GUAAGAGAAAGUAAAAGUGUAGUGCAGUUGGCAACAUUGAGUGUGUCAGCCUUGUUUAUGCACUCUUUUGAGGUUAUUUUGAAAAAUACUGCAAAAAUAAAAGAAACACUGAUCAAAUGGUUUCUCUUUGUUAAUAAACUGUUAGUGAUUAACAUACUCGCUACAAUGCACAAAUUGAAAUCCUCACAGCGAGAGAAAGUAAAAAAGUUCAUCUCGUUUACGCAAACGGGCGAAAAUACUGCGAUCUAUUGCCUUACACAGAAUGACUGGAAAUUGGACCUGGCCAGUGACAACUACUUCCAAAAUCCAGAUGCCUACUACAAAGAACCACGCAGCGUCGACAAAAAGAAGCUGGACUCGCUCUAUUCACGCUACAAAGAUCCGAACGAGCCAGACAAAAUCACGGUUGAUGGUAUCAUGAAGUUCUUAGAUGAUUUGAGUCUGCCACCUGAAAGCAAACUCGUAUUGAUAAUUGCGUGGAAAUUCAAAGCAGCAACACAAUGUGAAUUCACCAGAGAUGAAUUCGUAACUGGGAUGACGGAACUGGGGUGUGAUAAUAUUGAUAAAUUAAAAGCAAGGCUGCCCACAUUGGAGAAUGAGUUGCGGGAUAGCUACAAAUUCAAAGAUUUCUAUCAUUUCACAUUCAACUAUGCCAAAAAUCCUGGACAGAAGGGCCUUGACUUGGAAAUGGCCAUUGCCUACUGGAACAUUGUGCUGAAAGGAAAAUUCAAGUUUCUGGAUUUGUGGUGUACUUUUCUACAGGAAAAUCACAAGAGAUCAAUUCCAAAGGACACAUGGAAUUUACUGUUAGAUUUUGCUCAACAAAUCGCGGACGACAUGAGUAAUUACGACGAGGAAGGUGCGUGGCCAGUACUCAUUGAUGAUUUUGUGGAAUGGGCCUCAACGAGGGCGAAGGAGAAUCAACCUCAUUCUACCAGUCAUUUGGACUAACACUUGUUUUUUUUUUUUGACUGGUCAAAUGACAUGCAAUCUGGGUAUCGCGUACAAAACCAUUCGCACCACUGGUUGGUUGAGUGAUUGAUUGAAUUCUUUAAUAUUUUCAUUGAUUUAUUGACAUUUUCUCUCGUUGGUCGUGAAGUUUUCGGUUGGUGUCAUUUGAUAUAACUCUCUUUAUUAUAUUUAUUAUAGAUAAUUCAUAAUUUUAUGAUGUAAAUAGUUAAUUUGAAACAUACUAAAUGAAUAACAAAAAUAUUGAGAAACUUGUAUAUUUGCAGUUAUACGUUAUAUUUCUAAAAAUAAGAAUUGAAUUUUUAA